ACUACAUGUUCACACUUAUUUAUAUUAUCAGCUCCACCAAUUCCUUAAUGCUAACUUAACGGAUAAAGAAUGAGCAACCACAUUGCCGACACUUUACUACAACAUGAACACAUAGUUAAAGAGGACCACAUUACACAACUCUUCAACUUUAUUUCCAAACACCAAUGGAUUUAUGACUUCCAGUUUACAAAAUUCUUUGUGGAAGAAGUUUGGAAGAAGGCCCCUGCAGGAUGGCUGGAUUAUUUAAUAACAUUGUCAACAGAACAACUUAAACACCUAACAGAAGGAACAAUAACGAGUAACUGUCCAGACAGCCUGAAAGAAUACAUUGAGACAUGCAUAGAGUUGUCUACACACCGGAAACAGUUGGACAACUUUGAUCCUCCACCACUUAAUUCAUUUUUCACUGAUGGCCUGAGUAUGAAGAAAAAACAUGAAAUAACUGCCAUGUCAAGUCUUGUUCAUAAUCUAGCCUCUUGUGCAAACAUCCAUACUUUGGUUGAUGUUGGUUCUGGUCUGGGUUACAUAGAUCAUGCAUUAUCUUCUACGCAUGGCUAUGAUAUUUUGGGCAUUGAAUGCCAUGAAAUUUUUGCUCACAAAUCUGAAAUGCGUGCUGCUCAGUUUGAAAUUGAACAGCUUCCAACUUGUAAAUUUUCCACUUGCAUCCUUCAAUUGAAGCAGUCAAAAGAAUGCCUGCAACAGUUUGAAGAAGCCCUCAGUAACCAUCAACAACAACAUAAAAGACCUCCUACAACAGCACCAUCCUCCGCAGAAGAACCUGUAAUGUUGAUGGGGUUACAUUGUUGUGGAGAUUUGACACCAACAGUCAUGAACAUCUUCCUGCAGCUAAACCAAGCUCGUAUAUUGUCAUGUAUCAGUUGUUGCUACCACAAAAUGGAUUAUAACAUCAAUGAGCAUCAAUUCACUAACUUCCCCAUGAGUGCCAAGGCCAAGAAAUCUUUUAGCAUCCAACAAGGGAUCAAUGGGUCCUCUCAUCUGAAUGUCUACGCCCUGAGAUUGGCAGCUCAGCAGACAAAAAGUCAGUGGAUGAACCAAACAGAAGCUCAGUAUGACUACUGUAAAAAGAAUGUGACAUUGCGAGGGUUGCUUGAAAUCUUGUUUCUAAAAGAGGGCAUUGCUCAGUCAAAACAAGUGUGUCGUGUGAAAAAGAAGAUCAAUUAUUCGACAGCUGAGGCUUACAUUGAUGCUGUACUUUCAAAUAUUCAAGAUAUUGCAGAAGAUCGUGCACAUUACCUUAGCAAGGAGUUUCUCCAGCUAUUCGCAGACAACCAGACUAAUUUCCAGUUUAUAGAACCAAUAACAUGUUUGCAGGUUUUGUUACAACCCGUUCUGGAAACCUUGAUUCACUAUGACCGUCUGGCCUUUCUCCAAGAAAAUGGAUGUCGAGCGUAUUUGAUACCAUUGUUUAAUGAACAGAUUUCUCCACGAAAUAUCAUAAUUGUUGCAGAGAAGAAAUGAAAAUACAUAUUUCAGUUUUUUUAUAGAUCACUGUCACAUACCAUUUUGGUCUUGUCUUAUAGAACUAACAAGUCAGUUUGAAAAUUGCCGACUGACCAAAUUGAUUGGAUGUGAGGCUGUCUUCAGAAGCAUCCAUUGUUUGUAUCCUAUCUUUGGUACCAUGAUGUGUCCUUCAGUGUCCUUUAGUCCAUCAAAACCUGUUGCCUAAGAAGACUGAUGUACGCAUACAACUAGAGAUAAUAUCUCUCUUCCUCACCUCCCGUCUUUACCAGUCAUCAACUCCAAGACCCUAACUGAUCCACUAUGGCAACAGACAUUGGCCAUCUCAUCUCACCAUGUAAUGUUUUGAUUGACAGAUGACUGCCAACACAUAUUUCCUCUCAAGGUACAGAUGAACUUUGACUUCUCCGUGAGAGGGUUUUCCAUCGUUUGACAGGUUUUAAUCUUAAUUCUACUGGUUGUCCACACAUUCUGCCCGCUAAAGUGGACAUAAGGGUGUGUGUAUUCUUAAGGUCUCCUCCACUGGAUACAUUGAAACUUUGACGUCUGGCAGCUGACUUGGCAGACACCCAUAAAAUUAUUAACCAUCUUACUAACAAUAACUCUGAGCACCUUUUCAAACUCCACCUGUCUAACACCCGUGGGCAAGUUUACAAAGUCAGAAAACAGCACA